CCAUGCACUUGCUUAUGGCUUCUUAUGGAAUCUCUAACAUCCUGAAUGCUCUCUACCCUAAGCCUCUGUUACAGAUGCACGUCUCAAACAUAAAUAAGUUUGGAGACAAAAGGUUCAGGAAGAUGAAGGAAAUAGUCUUGGAACUAGAUCAGCGAAUAUGGAUAUGCUUUAUCAGAGGUGCGAGCUUAUAAUGGAUGAUAACUAAAGCAUGCUUGUUCAUAAGCUUCUGGGAGAAAAAUCCGAAUAAUUUCAGAGGUGGGCCGACAUUAAGAGAAACUAGAACCUCUGGAAGACAAUGGAGCUCUAAAUUUGGUGAAUGCUUUGAGGGAUCUCUUUUGUGAAUUUGAAUUUCAGGCUUUCUCAGGGACGUGACUUUUUUCUCUGAUGCCAAGCUUUGUCGUCUUCGCUUUCAGUUGCUGUAGUUUCCUGUAAAGGACUAUGAGGACUCUGAGCCUAUCCCUUCCCUCUCCUCCUUCUUCAUUACCCAAAGACUCCAACUUUGAGCGUCUUGCUCUCUCUCGCAGUUUCAGUGUCCCACAACUUCACAAAGCCAUUUCCACCCUCGACCUCACCCAUCGCCCCCACGACACACACCUCCGCCUCCUCAACUCCUCCAUUCUCCUCAAAGCAUGCAUCAGGUCUCGUAAUUUUGAGCUUGGGAAGCUCAUUCAUCGCAAGUUGAUCGAGUCUGGACUCGAGAUGGACUCGGUUCUUCUCAAUUCACUCAUCAGCCUCUACUCCAAAUGCGGCCAGUGGGAAACUGCGCUUUCUGUAUUCCAGAGUAUGGGUGAUAAUAGGAGGGACUUGGUCUCUUGGAGUGCAAUGAUUUCGUGCUUUGCCAUUAAUAACAUGGAAUAUGAUGCCCUUGUCACUUUUCUUGACAUGCUUGAACAUGGGCUUUGCCCUAAUGAGUAUUGCUUUACGGCAGUUAUCAGAGCGUGUUCUAAUGCUCUGUAUGUUUCCAUCGGGCAUGCAAUAUUUGGUUUUCUAUUAAAGAGUGGGUAUUUCGAUUCCGAUGUGUGUGUUGGUUGUGCAUUAAUUGAUAUGUUUGCGAAGGGCAGCAGUGAUAUUGAUUCUGCCCGUUUGGUGUUUGAGAAAAUGCGGGAGAGAAAUGUAGUUACCUGGACCUUGAUGAUCACACGAUUUGCACAGCUGGGCUGCCCUGGAGAUGCCAUUGAUUAUUUUUUCAGAAUGUUACUAACUGGGUAUAAACCAGAUAGGUUUACUCUAACCGGUGUUGUAUCAGCUUGUGCGGAGUUGGGAUCGUUAUCGCUUGGGCGGCAAUUACAUUCUUGGGUUGUAAGGUCGGGAUUGGCUUCAGAUGUGUGCGUGGGUUGUAGUUUGGUCGACAUGUAUGCAAAAUGUUCGGCUGAUGGAUCAGUGGAACAUUCUAGGAAAGUAUUUGAUCAUAUGCCAAACCAUAAUGUUAUGUCUUGGACUGCACUUAUCACAGGAUAUGUUCAACUUAAUGGCCAAGAUCAGGAAGCCAUAAAUUUGUUUCGUGCCAUGAUUCAGGGUCAUGUGGCACCAAAUCAUUUUACAUUUUCUAGUGUUCUGAAGGCUUGUGCAAAUCUUCCUGAUUUACGCUUUGGUGAGCAGCUUCAUGCCCAAACGGUUAAACUUGGUCUUUCCUCAGUAAAUUGUGUAGGAAAUUCUCUUGUUAGCAUGUAUGCUAGGUCUGGAAGAAUGGAAUGUGCUCGCAAAUCUUUUGAUAUUCUCUUUGAGAAGAAUUUGAUUUCUUAUAACACACUUGUAGAUGCCUAUGCUAAAAAUUUCAAUUCCGAAGAAGCCUUUGAAUUUUUUCAUGAAAUCGAACAAACUGGUGUAGGGGCUAAUUCCUUUACAUUUUCUAGCCUCUUGAGUGGAGCUGCUAGUAUUGGUGCAAUAGGUAAAGGAGAACAAAUUCAUGCUCGAGUUCUCAAGUCGGGAUUUGGGUCAGACCUCUGCAUCAAUAAUGCUUUAAUCUCUAUGUACUCUAGGUGUGGAAACAUAGAAGCUGCUUUACAAGUUUUUGCUGACAUGGGAAAUCGCAAUGUCAUAUCUUGGACUUCCGUUAUAACUGGUUGUGCAAAGCAUGGAUUUGCUUCAAAAGCAUUAGAAAUGUUUUAUGAGAUGCUUGAAGCUAGGGUAAUGCCUAAUGAGGUCACCUACAUUGCAGUUUUAUCAGCAUGCAGUCAUGCAGGUUUGAUCAAUGAGGGAUGGAGGCACUUCAAUUCCAUGUAUGAAAUCCACAGUGUUGUCCCCAGAAUGGAACAUUAUGCUUGCAUGGUUGAUUUGCUGGGCCGAUCUGGGUCACUUUCAGAAGCUAUUGAUUUUAUUAACUCAAUGCCUUUCAAGGCUGAUGCUCUAGUAUGGCGUACAUUCCUUGGAUCUUGUCAGGUUCAUGGUAACACUGAGCUUGGGGAGCAUGCUGCAAAAAUGAUCCUUGAGCAGCAACCUCAUGAUCCUGCUGCCUAUGUGCUACUAUCAAACCUGUAUGCAUCAGAAGGACGAUGGGAAGAUGUUGCAGAAAUUAGAAAGAACAUGAAGCAGAAAAAUUUAACAAAAGAAGCAGGUUGCAGUUGGGUUGAGGUGGAAAACAAGGUGCACAAAUUCCAUGUAGGGGAUACUUCACACCCUGAAGCUGAGAAGAUCUAUAAUGAACUUAAUAACUUGGCUUUGAAAAUUAAAAAGGUUGGCUAUGUCCCUGAUACAGAUUUUGUCCUUCAUGAUGUGGAGGAUGAGCAGAAGGAACAAUAUUUGUUUCAACAUAGUGAGAAAAUUGCAGUAGCUUUUGCUCUUAUUGGUACCCCCAAACCAAAACCUAUUAGGGUAUUCAAAAACCUUCGGGUUUGUGGGGACUGUCAUUCUGCAAUCAAGCAUAUUUCACUUGUAACGGGAAGAGAAAUAAUUGUCAGAGAUGCGAACAGGUUUCAUCAUAUGAAGGAUGGGAUAUGCUCUUGCCGUGAUUAUUGGUGACUGAGAUCGAAGUUACGUCCAAUUGAACAUAGCCUUCUAAAGUGACCUGGACUGACAGAUUGGAAAACUAGUAGCUUUUGAUUGGUGUCUGUACUGGACUAUGCCAGAAAAUUUUCAGAAUGUAUUUUUGACAUUCCAAAAAAAAAAAAAAAAUUAAAUGUAUAUAAUGCACUUUAGAAAGAUGGAGAGAGGCCCAAAAAGAGAUGAUGAAUGUAAAGAUCGCAUGUGAGUCCGUCAAUAAAUAGUUUCUAUUGUGGCACCUUUUCUAUAAAUGUAGAUAAUUUAAUUUUUCAAGGUUGAAA